AUAGGAAACUUCAACAACGACUACCACUUCGCAAAGCGGUCAGGCAACGUUUGCUCGAGCGGAAUAGACUGCGCCAUGCAAUAUGGUGUCGCAAUCACAAAAUGAGAGCUUGGCUGGAGAUAUUGACCCAGAUGUCGUGUCAGAACUGCGAGACAGACUCACCGAAGUGUCCAUAAAAUGCUCGGAGCGAUGUUUAUAUCAAUCAGCAAAAUGGGCAGCAGAGUUGUUGAAUUCCCUACCCGAAAAUAAUGACCUUGACGACGAUUCCGAUUCCCGCAUGUACGAUACGAAUAAUGUUCAAUCCUCAUAUCGCAUAUUUUCUACGAGUUACGACGAUCCUGAAGAGGCGGCAUUAGAAGCGAAGGAAGCCACAAAAUAUCUGCUAGCUAAAGCAUUCUUCGACACGAAAGAGUUUGAUAGAUGUGCAGCGGUAUUUCUACCGCCAGCCAUACCAGCAGGAGGUCUGGCGAUCUUUGACCGUCCCAAAGGUCGAACGCCCACGUCUACACCGCCACGACACAAAGGCAAGACGAGGCAAGCCGACUCGACUGGAGUCAACCCCUUUCCCCGACUCAGCCAAAAGUCCCUGUUCCUGUCACUGUAUGCUCGAUACUUAGGCGGCGAGAAACGCAAAGAUGAAGAGACGGAGAUGGUACUGGGGCCUGCAGACGGCGGACAGACUACAAACCGCGAACUUUCAGCCCUGGCCAGGGGCUUGGAAGCAUACUUUCGAGCCAGAGACGCGACAGAUCCUCAGCAAAAGCGCUCACAAGGUUGGCUCGAAUACUUAUACGGUGUCGUCCUUUCCAAAUCGCGACAAGAAGAUCUGGCGCAGCAAUGGCUCCUCCGAUCCGUUCGCAUCAACCCCUACCACUGGGGUGCCUGGGAAGAACUUGCCUCUCUCUUAUCAUCCGUCGACGACCUCAGCGCACAAAUAUCCCCAUCCAUCCUCCCAACGAACAUCAUGAGUAUAAUGUACCAAGCCUGCGCAUCAGUCGACCUCUUCUCGACGACCGAUCAGUCCGCAACCCUAAGCUACCUGCGCACCCUGCUCAGCUACUUCCCAACCUCAACCUUCCUUCUCACCCAGCUCGCGACCUUGCACUACCACGCUAAAGAGUACGAAACCGCCGCCUCAAUUUUCCAAGACCUCCUAAUCGCCCAUCCGCACCGUCUCGACGGACUAGACCACUACUCGAAUAUCCUGUACGUGAUGACGGACCGGCCCAAGCUAGCCUUUCUGGCCCAUCUCGCUACAUCCGUCGACAAAUUCCGCCCAGAAACAUGCUGCGUCGUGGGCAACUACUACUCCCUAUGCUCCCAGCACGAGAAGGCGGUGAUGUACUUCCGACGCGCUUUGACUCUAGACCGCAAUUUCCUGUCAGCCUGGACACUCAUGGGCCACGAGUACAUCGAACUCAAAAACACACACGCGGCCAUCGAAUCGUACAGACGCGCCGUUGACGUCAACCGCAAGGACUACAGAGCCUGGUACGGUCUCGGCCAAGCCUACGAGGUGCUAGACAUGGGCUUCUACGCAUUGUUUUAUUACCAACGCGCUGCCGGACUCAGGCCGUAUGACCCUAAGAUGUGGCAAGCCGUGGCGUCAUGCUAUGCCAAAAUGGACAGAUUGGAUCAAGCUAUCAAAGCGCAGAAACGCGCGUUGGUGGCAGGCACGUAUUUCGACGACACGAGAGACUCUUCGCCGCAGUCGAGUUUCGCCAACAGGAGCAAGCCGUCGCAGUCUCAGCAGCAGGAACGCAAAACACCGCGCAAAUUGCUCGAUCCAGAAACAUUGUACCAGAUCGCCUUGCUUUAUGAGCGGAUGGGCGCACCCGGCGAGGCUGAUGCCGCGAGAUACAUGGAAUUGUGUGUCGCGCAGGAAAUUGGGGGGAGUCAUAAGUCCGUGGUGCAGGCGGAAAAAGCUCUCAAAAAGCGACAACGUAAAGAGGCGAGGGCCAGUGCUGUGACGGAUGAGCGCAGGGCGAGAGUAUCUGCGAUGAGGGCUGAGGCUGGUCAAGAUGCCGACGUGAGUCUCGAUGAUGAUGUGGUGGAAGGGCAAGGUGACGAUGAUACGGAGAUUCUGUCGUCGUCUUCGCCGUUGGAAUCGUCUAUGGACAAUGUCGAUGACCAAGAGCCUGGAGAUAAUGAUGGAUUUGGCACGGGCACUACGGCCACAACGUCCAAGGCGCGGCUGUGGCUUGCGCGAUGGAGUGUCAAGAUGGGUGAUUUGGACCGUGCCGAGAAAUUGGCUGAGGAGUUGUGCAUGGAUGGCUAUGAAGUCGAGGAAGCGAAAGGUCUCGUCAGGGAAGUCAGGGGUCGCAGAGAGGCCGCGCUGGAUAGUGACGUCUAACUAUCACCAUACACGGUUCUAUGAGCCAAAUCAUCAAUGGCUGCCGUUUCUCUGAAUCACGAGAACAAUUC